GCGCGGCGAGGCGCGGCGCGGCGGGCGAUGGCGGGGCGCGGCGGAGCCAGGGCCCGGCCCCGGCCCGGGACCGGGCGGGGGUGGCGGCUGGCAGGGGAGGCACCGGCCGCGUCCCCGUCCCCGUCCCCCUUCCAGUGCCUGGAGCGCGCCCGGGGCCUGCGGGACCUGAGUGGAGACGGGGGGGUGCGCAAGGAGGAGCUGCGCCCCGGGCGCGGGCCGGCCGUGCCGCCGGCCGCCUCCGUGGCAGUGAAGUACUCCGGGUACCUGGAACACUGGAAUGAGCCCUUCUGCACAAACUGCUACAGCAAGUCUCCUGGGCUGAUGAAACUUGGAAAAGACAUUACACUGGGGGGCCUGGAAAUUGGCCUGCUGACGAUGAAGAAGGGAGAGGCGGCAAGAUUUGUCUUCACGCCAGAUUACGCCUAUGGGCGGCAGGGCUGUCCUCCUCUCAUUCCCCCAAAUGCCACCGUCAUGUUCGAAGUGGAGUUGCUGGACUUUCUAGACUCGGAUGAAUCUGACACGUUCUUUGAGCUGACUGCUGAGCAGCAGGAUACAUUUCCACUACAAAAGGUGUUGAAAGUGGCAGACACGGAGAGAGAGUUUGGCAACUACCUCUACCGUAAGCAGCACUUUGAGGGUGCCAAAGACAGAUACAAAAGGGCGUUCUCCAUCCUCGGUCGCAACCCUUCCACUGAGGUAGAGCAGUGUCAGAUCAAUGCUGCCAAGUUGCUGGUGCUCCUGAAUCUCUCACUUACUUACCUAAAACUGGAACGUCCUGCCCAAGCUUUGGCAUAUGGGGAGAAGGCCUUGGAGAUUGACCAAAGAAACGCCAAAGCCCUGUUCAGGUGUGGCCAGGCUUGUCUCUGCAUGACAGAAUACGAAAAAGCACGGGAUUUCCUGGUCAGAGCUCAGCGUAUACAGCCAUUUAACCACGAUAUUAACAAUGAGCUGAAAAAGUUGGCAAGCUGCUACAAGGACUACAUGGAAAAGGAGAAAGAAAUGUGCUGCCGAAUGUUUGCCCCUCUCAACUCUUCUUGUGGCUGACCAGAAAUAAAGAACCUCACCAGCUGAUGAGAAGAGUGGUUCUUGGACAGGAGGGAGACCUACCUCUGGGCACGUGGAGAUUUCAGCAUCGCAUCUAUGUUUGGGAAAAGGGGCAAGAGCGCUGUCUUGUUUUGAGAGUGUGGAGGGUUUGUGUUUAUACACAGCCUGAUUUUCCUGAAGUUGAUUUUGUUUGCCAUAUUCCAAGGCUGCUUCCAGAAGAACCAAGUCCUGUUGUAGGAGAGAGGAAGGCAUUCCCUCUCUUCUCCCUUGCACACUCUUUGAAGAAAACUUCCCUGACAUCCUACCUUUUGCAGGUUCUGGCUGCUUUUAGGGAACCUGUAAAUGGGAGUAGGAUGCCGUGAAGUUCUGUAUUGUUUAUACAGGUUGUUCUUAAAAAAAUUAGGUUUGAUAUUUUUGUUCUGAGAAAAUAAACCAACCUGGGAACUAACA